AUGAUUGAAGACGCUUUUCAGCGGCAUCGCCGACCACAAUUUCCAACAAAAGCAGCUUUGCUCCUAGGAACCUUAAAAUCACAGGGAAAGGAAGCUACGGAACCAGUCGCGCAAAAUUUAGAAACGCUAAAGCAGGAUCCUUGGCAUGAUGCGCAGCGCAUUGGAGAAUUAGUGCAAGGCAAACAGGCGUGGACUGUAGGCGUGAGGCGUGGUGCGAUCAUCAUGAUCAAGUCCAUCAAAGACACAGAUACAGGCAAGCGAUUGGUCAGCAUGCUGCAGCCACUUUCUCAUCCCAACAUUGCCAGAGUGUUGGAUGUCGCCGAAUUCGACGAUCAAACCCAUUUCACGUUCGAGUACUAUCGGUACACAUUAGAAGAAGUACUAUGUGUUCAUCUACCAUUCGAAGAGAUACACAUUCGUACUAUAGUGCAAUCAAUUUUCCCUGCUAUCAAGCAUAUCGCUAAUGCAGGAAUUAUUCACAACGCCAUCCCAUGCACAUCUAUCCGGGUAUGCGGUAGGAGCGGCAAAAUAGUGCUAGCUGACUUCGAGGACUGCAUAUUGCAAACCACCACUCUUUCCCCAAACAUUGAUCUCAAACUACUGGGUUACACGUUACUUGAGUGCAUGGAAGGGUCUACUAAUAAGCAACUACGAAGCGAGGAAUAUAUCCUGAGACAAAGGGAGGUGAACAAGAUUUUUGGUGUUAAAGACGAUCGGUGGAGUGGGGCCAAACUCCUAGUCGACUUUUUAGACGAUCUUUUUAACCAACAGCGACCAGCAAUUGCUAAACUUGAUAAGGAACACUCGUACGUUCGCCAACAGCAGUUAGCACCGACAGUCUUACUGCCUUUCACUGAGCUUGUACCAUUGGAGUGCUUUACUCUUUGGCGCCCUGCGGCGAAGUAGACCUAGAAUAGUUUUGAAUGAAAGCCUAUGUGCAUAGGUCUGAAAUCUGUUUCCUGUGUUGGGGUGCGGCGCUGCAAACUAUGCCUCAUAUUUAAGACCCUCACAAUUAUCUUGUUCUUGCAUACCAAACUUUCUACUAUACACUAUCAUUCUCAAUGUCUUCACCUUCACCUGCCCCAAUCACAAGCCAGGGAUUGAACCCUGAAGCUGAUCCAUAUUUACCUGAGAUGGCUCUCGAUCCGUCGCUUCUAUGGGACUCGACUGAGUACGAAAACAUACUACAAGCGUUCCAGUCCACCGAGGAAACCCCUGAUCAAAAGAUUAACUAGCACACAUCAAAGAGGAGUCACAAAGUCUGCGUAGCGACGUUGAUACCUUGGAGGUUUGGAUCCGCAAACUGUAUGAUUUUAUUGUUCCAUGUCCUCCAGAGAUAAGCGCCGGGGGCGAAGAGGGGACAGACGGGAUCCAGGAAAGCGGGAAUCUGGUUUAAUGUCUUGCUGUAUAUAUCCCAUAGCAUUAGCACCCCAUGAUGACCAUCACACCACAAUGCCUCACCGUUACACGUAUGCAAGCUACCCUGCACGUCAAGUGCGAUUUUCAAGCCCUAUCGUUACUUCGUUUUCAAGAGGGUUCACGUUCGUAGAAUCCUUCUAUGUCAAUCUCCUUGAGCACCACAGCGAUCACUGCGCACGCUGUGAGUCACUCCUGUAUGGUCAAUCUCCUCGAGUGGGCUGCCGACGAGGCAAUCUUCUGACUGAUCUAAUCUUGCGUCGAUUUUUGGUGGAACGAGAUGGAAGAGUCUAUAGCACGGAGGAUGAAUAUGGACUUCCAGUUCGCGUCGAGAUCCCUCGCCAUUGUUUGGCUGUGCAUGGACUGUUACGUGUAUACUAUCCUUGUUCCUAUCGCCGCACGUACUUCAAUCUAAGUAGACCGCGCGCGUACUUG